CACGGAGUGUAGGCCAGUCGCGUCUUUGUUCAAGGGAGAUAACUCUAUCACACAUUUACAAAUGCGGGAAAUUUGUUUUCGUGAUCAAAAUUCGAUGUUAUGGUUCUGUCAAACCGAUGAAAAUGACGUCCGUUUUGAGUCCUUUCAGCAAGCUUCCAAAUCGUCAAGAGUGUACAGUGUUGCUUGUUGGGGAUGAAGGGACAGGGAAACACGAUCUGGGGCUGGCCAUGCUGAAUCUCAAGACACCAUUCUCACUGUUUGUACGGACAGCUACCUCCCUCCCACUGCCUGCAGAGAAAGAAGAAGAUCGACCCUGCAUCGACUACAUCUGCUAUGUCAUUAAUUUGACAUUGGACGACAGCAUGAAGAUUGUCGAGGAAGCUUUGUCAGCUGUAGAUGUGAGGUACUUUGUUGGACGCUCCUCCCUGAUAGUAACUGGAGUUGAGUUCCCCAACAAGCAAGUCAUCGAGAUGGAGACUGUUUUGAAGUUGGCUGAAUCAUAUGACUUGCCAAUCAUAUUUGGAGAAGUAGAAAAACCUGAGGAGCUUCUGUCCUUGGCCACCAAGGUGACAAAAACUGUGGAGAUUGCUGCUGGGUACAAGCGCAACGUUUCUCCAAUGUUGGUAGAAGCAACACAAAGGAACUUUGAACAGAACCUGUGAAUCUUCCAGAAGCCUGACUGGCUCAGUGCUACCGUGAUUCAAAGGGUGAAUAAUGUGUACAUGCAAGAGUAUGAACAGAUGCCAUUUAAAAGACAUCCACAUCAUGGCAUGGUGUUUUGCCAAUCCAAUCUUUGAUAUUGUACUCAAAGGAGGAUUUUUGUCUGGUCUCCUGAUUUAUUUUAUCAGUGAAGAAUCUUGGUGAUAACUGUCUUCAUCACUCCCACCUUGAUACAAUGAGAGUAUGUUUCACAUUAAUAGUUGCGUUCCAGUCCGAGAUCACUCCCUACACCCCAGGCAAACUGCCCCGUUGCAAGUCUUGCAGAACUGUCAUGCACGACAGUCAUAUACUCUGUGUAGCCAUUCUUGGUUCAAUGUCAUGAAAUGAUAAUCUUGGACAAUGGUUUGAAAUCGCAGUGAGGUUGGCAAGCCAGGACAGUAUAAAGCUUUGUCAUGUUCCAUAAAAAAUGUACCUGCUUCCAUUUACUUUGCAAAUAAGCCUUGUUUGGAGAAUACAAUAAAUUAUUUGGUGACA